CAGUAAAUCCUAUUGUGAUGGUAAACUGAAAUUUGGAGAGAGAGAGGCAGACAGACAGAGGGAGAGAGAGAGAGCAGUCCUGUUUCUGUUACAGCAGGUCUGAUCUGAUCUUGGUUCAGUUUGAGGAAUAAAGCCGUUUUUGUGACUUCCUCCUCUCAGUAACCUGUUGCAGCUCCUCUCAGUCUCGGUAGCUGUGUUUGGAGUCUUCCGGGGGACCAGUCUCUCUCCAAGGAAUGCACUUUGCAGGACCCGCAGCCCGGUGCUCGGACACCUCCUUCCUUCUUUUUCUUACAGAGAAGAUUUAAAUGAAUGAAGGAAAUGAACUCCUGAAGGAUUACCGGUUUUUCGCUGUCCGGUCCCCCCCUCAGUCCGCCGGGCCGCCGACGUGCUGAGGAGCGAGCAGCGCUCCCUGACCGGCAUGGAGAACGGAGUCCGGGCGGGGCUCCGGCAGCAGGCGGGCAGCUGGGUGCUGCUGGAGGCCCGGCUGCAGGGUGGAGCGCCGUGGGGCUUCACCCUGCAGGGAGGCCUGGAGCACGGAGAGCCGCUCAUCAUCUCCAAGGUAGAGGAGGGCGGUAAGGCCGACAGUUUGGAUCAGCCUCUGCUGAUGGGGGAUGAGAUCAUCGUCAUCAACGAAGUGGAGCUGACUGGAUACAGACAGGAGGCCAUCGCUCUGAUCAAAGGAUCCUACAAGACUCUGCAGCUCACCGUCCGCAGGGAGUUUGAUCCCAGAAACAUCAAGGAGUUUGGUACUUCAAAUCCCUCCCUGCCUGCUCUUCCUCCUACAUCACCGUCACCACCACAAACACCACCAUCAUCCCACCACAGUAGACCAUGCUCAACAGGAGGAGUUCAACUGCGCAUCAAGAAGAGACGGAGUGAGCCAGCAUCUCGUCCUCACUCGUGGCACUCCACGAAGCUGGGGGAUGGUCAGCAGCAGUUGGACCAGGGCGGGAUGGACACCAUGAGUAGCGCCUGGCACCACAACUACCAUGCCAGUGCCUCCACCACAGACCUGUCCGGCGGCUACGACUCUGGCCGCAGCUGCCUGAGGAAAAGUCCGGACCAGUACAGCUCGAGGGGCAGCAUGGACAGCCUGGACCCCCCUCAGUCCACUCACCUUAACUCCGGAACUCAGAACCACCACACCCACAGCGGACCCCACCCCGCCUACUCCUCCUGCCACCAGCUGUCCUCUGCCAGGUCCUCCAACAGCAUCGACCAUCUGCACAGCAAGCGGGACUCCGCCUACUCCUCCUUCUCCACCAGCUCCAGCAUACCAGAGUACCUGGCCUCCACCCCUUCCUUCAGCCCAGAGCGCUCCUAUUCGCUUGAGACGGUCCCUCAGAGAGAGAGAAGAAGUGGAGACAUGCAGCAGGCCGAUGUGUGCUACACCCAGACGGUGUAUGACGUCCAGAGGGGCCAAGAACACGAGCUGAGCUCCACCCCCGCUGCAUUGCUACACAGAGAUUCCAGAGGCCAGGGAGAAGUGAGGCCAGGGAAAAGCCGAGAGCCUCAAGGUGGGGUCUGUUACCAUGGCAGCAGCAGUGGCAGCAGCAGUGGGGGCAGCAGCAGUGGGGGUAUACCUGAAUCAAAAAGACACAGUGUGGGGCCAAUAUGGGGCCCCUCAGCCAGCCGCAGCUCAUACGAGAACCUGAAGGGGGCGCCGGCUCCACCGAUGCGCAGUGACAGCUACACAGCCCUCAGGAACCACGAGAGACCAAACUCCUGGUCCAGUCUAGAUCACGCCCGCUCAUUACGGUCUCUGCAGAAAGGUUCCUGGCAUCAUUCCAGUGGCCCUGUAGCAUCAGGUGCAGCUAAAGGCUCAUACGGUGCUGAGGGCCAGCUCCACACAGUGAUAGAGAAGAGUCCGGAGAGCAGCCCCACCACAAAGCCCCGGCAGGGAGGAGGCUUUCCCAGCCCCCCUCUCUUUCCUGGCCCUACCUCUGGACCUGCAGGCCCCAGCCCCCAGUCUGGCCCGAUGAUUCUGCCCAUAGGGAUACACCCCAUCCCCCAGCAUGAGCCCCACAAUACACAGAUGCCCAGUCUCAGCCAGGGGCCAGGCUCCUCGGGAGGCUACCCUGCCCCCUCCAAGGAGAGCGUCCGCCAGCAGCAGCAGGGCGUCCAGGGGAGGGAGGAAAGAACAACCGAGGGACGGAAGGAUAGAAGGAUAUCAGCUACAGAAAACGGAUACCAAAACAACACUUCUUCUUCUCUGUGCUCCUAUCCCUCUUCUUCGACACCUUCCUGUACUCAGCCCAGGACUCAAGCACAAGAGGCAGACAGGCCUCAACAGGAAGAGUCUUACUCUGAACUCUACCGACCCUACAUGAAAACAGCUAAAGAUCCAUCAGAGGAACACACAACCCGCCAGGGACCUAAGGGUCAGAGCUUCCAAGGGUCCCAAAUUCAAACAAGCAAGAGACCCCACAGCUUAGUGUUCCAGGAAGAGAACCAGGCUAUUCCCCACAUCCAAUCGGCCGCCGGACACAGGGCCCCAUCCUCAGAAGAAUGGAGGGACCCCUGCAUACCUGUCCAAUCGAGGGGAGACGGGAGAAGAUCAAUGGACCAGACCAGUACUCAUUCAGAGCCAGUGACAUCCCCCAGGCUUGCACAGGGACAGGUGUUUCCUACCAACGUACCUGCUCACCCCUCCUACCCCCUGCCUUUUCCCAGUCACCUCAGUGACUCAGCAAAUCUACAGUACCAGCACUGGGACCAGCGAGAGCAGGACAGAGAACACCCACUGACCCGUCUGGAGAUCGCCCUUGCUGAGGUCCAGCGAGGCACUAGCCCCAACAGUUUUGUCUCUCCAGGUAGCAAUGGCAACAGUAGCAUUGGCGAUAGCAGCCAGGGACCUGUACGCAGCCUCUCUGUCCUGGAGAAGGUCAGUCGAUUUGAGCGUCGGGAACGCACCGGAAAGCAGCGCAGUCACAGCACCACCGCCGCACAAGACAAGGCCACACAUCUGAGGAUGAUUGAGAAGGGUCGCAACUCCCCCUGCGGACCAGAAGACCUCAGAAAUAUGCUGGAGAGAAGCAACAGCAGGACCAAAGCCCACCGGACUCUGAGCUACAGAGGAGGCAGCAGUGAACACACAAAAUACAGGACCCCAGCAGAUCCCAAUUUAGCCCUCCAGAGGAGCCGCAGCACCUUCCAGCUAGUUGAAUCCAGAGAGGUCAAUAGCAGCAAAGACUUCCCCCACACACAGGACAUCCAGGACAUACUGGGCCCCAUGGGGGACACUUCCUUCAACAGAUCUUACAGGGACUCUUUGAAAGAUGCCCAGUCUAAGGUCCUGCAUUCCACCUCCUUCAGACGGAGAGACCUGAGCUCUUCAAUCAGCCCUACACCUCCUCCAGUUCCACCUCCAGCAGCUCCUCCACCCGUCUCCUCCUCUAUCACUGAUCAGACUCAUCAUGCCUCUGCCAGGAACCACUCACUGGAGAAGAAAGGUCCGAAAACCAUGCCCAAACCCCAAGGUGUCGUCAUCGCACCACAACUGCCCCCCCUGGCCACUUCCCUUCACACCCCGAAGGAGCGCCAUGUGGUCAAUCUGGAACCUAGAGGCCCAAGCCCCCCGGCCCUCCCCAAUGUCCCGCCAGUUGGUCCUCCUGGUCUGACGAGAAUCUGUGGCCGCAAGCGUCUGAAUUUAGACCAAAAGAAGCGAUCAUACUCAGAGCCAGAGAACAUGAAUGAGGUCGGGGUUUCAGAUGCCGAGACUGUUGCCCUCUUCAGGCGUGGAGGAGAUACCAGCGUGGCAGACCGUCGGAAGAUGUUUGAGAUUGUGGCAAAUCGUGUCGGGGGCGGGCCUCUGCAAAAUGCCACUUCAAGGCCCGACUUGCGACAGCUUCAGCACGACGCUCUGGCUGAUUACAUGGAGAGGAAGAGAAGCGUGAAAAGAGACAAGGGAGGACAGGGGAGUGGACUGAGGCCCCGGAGUGCUUACCUACAGCCUGAAAGCAGCAACCAUACAGUGUCCUCCUGUCACUCAGACACCCGCAGCCUCUCCCCCACCUCCAGUCUGCACUCCCUCCAGGACUCUGUUGCAGAUCGAAGCUUCUCCUCCUGCUCCGCCCUCCCUCCUGAAGAGGACCUGUGGAGCCUCCAGUCCAACCUCUUCUACCCGGGCAGGGUGACCUCUCCAAGGCCUCCGUCACACUCAUCUACUGGUGCUCCUUCUGGCUCCCUCCCUGAGCUCCAGGACCGGUUACUCCAGGAUGUCCCUCCUGAAGCAGGGCUCAGGAGACAGAGUCAGACCUCCAGCAGCAGAGACCUGCAGCAGUCUGCCUCAGAGCAUACCCUCCACCUGGGACUGUCCCAGCAGCUGAACGGGGCUCUGCAGAGGGCCGGCCCGGCUCGCGGCUCUGGGAGGUCAGCUUCUACUGAGGAUCUCCUGGAGAGAUCUGAGGAUAGACAGAUGACUCCUCAACACUGCCGCUCACGCUCCUCCCCCACAACCCAGAAACUCAACCAGGACUUCCCUGCAGUUGACGUCAGGAUGUUCGGGGUCUGUUCUUCUGAACCUGGACGUCCCUCUCUGGCUGAGGACAGACCUUCCAUGGUCCAACCGUCAGACGGGCUCUUGUAUCUUCAAGACUCCAGGAAAACCGCCCAGCCUGCAGGACCUUCACAAGACCCAGGCUCCUCCCACACUCCUGUCACUCGUAGGGAGCGACAGAGGCACAGCGAGCGGCAGAGAGACCACAGCACCUCCACCUUGGCGGCCUCUGUUGGCCUGUCCUCCCCUCUCUCCCCCCCUGGUGCUCAGGACAGUGGCAGCUCUGACUGGCAUGCAAGUGAGAGGCUAAGCCAAGCUAACCUGGACGCCAUCACCUUCCCAGGCACACUCAGCACAGGUGAUGGUGAUGGCAGCAACACAACCCCGGACAGACGGACAAGACACAGUUUGAGUGACUCCAGAGGAUUAGAAGAGACUGCGGAGGACAUGUGUAAAGAGAGAGUGUCCAGUUUAGACAGUAUAGGAGGGUUUUCUGCAGAAAACAACAAACGAGUUUCCCCAGUGAUGCCAACACCCCUGCCCCAUAUCCAGCUGGCAUCCCCGGCAAACAGUAAGGACAACAUUCCGUCAUCUCCUUCCCCAUCCUACCAUCCGUCCAUUCCCCAGCACCUGUCUUCACUGCGGAUCUCUGAGUCCAGCCUCUUCAGCUGCAGCGACCAGCAGCCAGUAGAGUCUUCACCAGGACGAUCGCUGGAGGACUUUGAUGAGGUGUUCAUUCAAAAUCCUGAACCUUCAUCACAGCAAAUCAAAGAGACAAGCCUCCUGGAAGACUUCCCUCCCCCGCCUCCUCCCAUGGAGUUGGAUGAGGAAGCUGGACACCAGACUGUGGGAAGCAUGGAGUUCUUAAACAGCUUCCGACCCUCACCUCCAUUGUCACCUUCCUCCUCCGCAAUUCCUUUCCCUGAACCAAUCCUCCUUCCUACCCUGACGCCACAGCCCUCCACCAUCACCACAUCCAUCCAAGUGGAGGAGAGCCUCAGUUUGGAGUAUCAGCAUCUGCCCAGGAGGGAGAAGACGCCGCAUGAGCUGCGAGUGGAGGCGCUGUGCCGGCAGCUGGUGUUGCAGGACAGCUCUCUGGCGCCCCUCCUGGACACUUGGGGGGGUAAAUCCACUGUAGAGUUUAUGGAGGAGAUUUUUCCAAACAGCAGAUCGGUUGGAAAUUCAACAUGGCAAGGCAGUGGCAGUAGCAGAUCGGAAGACAGGUUACGAGAUGGGGUCUGUGAUCCUGCUCAGAGCUCGGCGACUGCUCAAGGGGACGACAAAGAUCUGGACGAGCAUGAGAAAGACCUCAACACCAAGAAGGUGGAACUGUGUGAGACUCUGCGGUGCAGCGUGGCGGCGCAGCGGCAGGAGAAGGAGGUGUUGUGUGAGGAGCAGAGGCAGCACCAGGAGCUGGGGGCCGGCAUAGAAACGCUGCUGCAGGGACGCCUCAAACCCAACGAGAGGGACAAGUACAGCAUGUUCAUCGGGGAUCUGGAGAGGAUGGUGAACCUGCUGCUGUCUCUGUGCAGCCGGCUGUCCAGGAUCCACAGAUCUCUGCUGGCUCUGGAGAGAGAGGAGCUGACGCAGGGGGACACGGCAGACGAGAGGGACUGCCUCCAUCACAAGCGCUCUCUGCUCCUCGCUCAAACCGAAGAUGCCCGGGAGCUGAAGGAGAACCUGGACCGACGGCAGCGUGUGGUCCACACCAUCGUGUCCAGCUACCUCACUGAACAGCAGCUCCAGGACUACCAGCGCUUUGUCAGCACCAAACCCUCCCUUCUGAUACGCCAGCGGCACCUGGACGAGCUCAUCCGGCAUGGAGAGGAGCAGCUGACGCGAUUGGCUGAGAGUCUGCCGCAGGAGCUGGCGGAGGCCCGGGGUUGGUCGAGAGGGUGUCUGUUCUCAUCAUCAAGCAUCGCCCACUGCUCCUCUGUUUAUCAACCUGCUGUGAUUCCAUGCCCCGCCCACUUAGUCAGGUCCACCACUGUGACAUCACUGUGAUGUCACAGACAGGCGGCUGUUACAAGAGGCCGUGAAGGAUUAGGGAAUUGAAGAAGAGACUAUUGGCUCCCUAAAAACCCCAGAGCUCGAGUUAUGCUCUGAAGUGAAGGAGCUUUAAAUGAAGGAAGAGUAAACAACUAUGCAGACUUUACACAUAAAGAAUAAACUCCUCUAAUGUGCCUCAUUCUAUUCACACUUGACUGUAUGUUAACCUCACCGAAACAUCAGCAACCCACGCUGUGCCUAAACACGACUUUAUUCACAUGUUCUUCAGUCAUAAACAAAAGAGAGAAAAAUGAUUUGGAUCAGAGAAAAUGGAUAAUAAAACUAGCUAUAAUCCUGCAUCCUACUAAUUAGACAACAUUAGCAACCUGUAAUACACAUACACAAAAGAGAGUCACAAUCACUCUGGAAUUGUCCUUACACCACCCUGAGGGUGCUUUCAGGAACCUUAUUCAGACGUUCCUCCAGGAACCUUUUCCUCAGUAAGCUGGUGUUUUUUUACCCAAAGACAAAAUAUUAUCAUCUUCAGAAUAAGAUAUAAUUUGUCAUCUUCACAAAAUCAGCUUGGUAUUUGCACAUGUACAGUCAAAGUAAAUGAACACCAAAAUUGGAGGGGCAUUGAUUUUAUUUUAAUGCUACGAGAAGAAUCAAAACUGAGUGUGCAGAUCCUGAAGGGUAACUGAGCACUGUCACAUGCUACUGUAACACUGCUACUGUAACACUGCUACUGUAACACUGCUACUGUAACUCUGCUACUGUAACACUGCUGCUGUAACACUACUACUGUAACUCUGCUACUGUCACAUGCUACUGUAACACUACUACUGUAACACUGCUACUGUAAUACUACUACUGUAACACUGCUACUGUAACACUGCUACUGUAACUCUGCUACUGUAACACUGCUACUGUAAUACUACUACUGUAACACUGCUACUGUAACACUGCUACUGUAACUCUGCUACUGUAACACUGCUACUGUAACACUGCUACUGUAACACUACUACUGUAACUCUGCUACUGUAACACUGCUACUGUAACACUGCUACUGUAACUCUACUACUGUAACACUGCUACUGUAACACUGGUACUGUAACACUACUACUGUAACACUGCUACUGUAACACUGGUACUGUAACACUACUACUGUAACACUGCUACUGUAACACUGCUACUGUAACACUGGUACUGUUACACUACUACUGUAACACUGCUACUGUAACACUGCUACUGUAACUCUGCUACUGUAACACUGCUACUGUAAUACUGGUACUGUAACACUACUACUGUAACACUGCUACUGUAACACUGCUACUGUAACACUGCUACUGUAACACUACUAAUGUAACACUGCUACUGUAACACUGCUACUGUAACAUUACUGUAACUCUGCUACUGUAACACUGCUACUGUAACUCUGCUACUGUAACAUUACUGUAACUCUGCUAAUGUAACACUGCUACUGUAACACUGCUACUGUAACAUUACUGUAACUCUGCUACUGUAACUCUGCUACUGUAACACUGCUACUGUAACACUGCUACUGUAACAUUACUGUAACUCUGCUACUGUAACACUGCUACUGUAACACUGCUACUGUAACACUACUACUGUAACACUGCUAGUGUAACUCUGCUACUGUAACACUGCUACUGUAACACUGCUACUGUAACACUGCUACUGUAUCUCUGCUACUGUAACACUGCUACUGUAACACUGCUACUGUAACAUUACUGUAACACUGCUACUGUAACACUACUACUGUAACACUGCUACUGUAACUCUGCUACUGUAACACUGCUACUGUAACACUGCUACUGUAACACUGCUACUGUAUCUCUGCUACUGUAACUAUAGUGUAUCUGUAGCUACUGUCUCCACUAUCUGUCUGCAGCUUGUUGCACUUUUCUCCACAGCAGCACGAUAACUGUUGCUGUCGACCUUACACUGUAUGAUGUUUGACUUGUGCCUUUUUAAACGCUGAUGUGAUGAAACAUUUGAUGUCAAAAAUGGAGUUUGUAUUCCAAAGAUGUUCACAGGAAGAGAUCUGUAUGGUCCAAAAGUCCAUAAUUGUCCUUCCCUGUUCAAAGUUUCAAGAUUUGCAAGAUCCAUAACUGAAAUCAAUCUCAAAAUUUUCAAUUCUGAAUGAUCCCUUAUUCAGUUUCUGAUAAAUUGGUCAGAUAUUUAAUCCAUAAAAUACCAAGAAUCUCAAAUUUCACAAUUAACUAUGCCAAAAAAUAAUUAACGUAUUAACUGAUAGGAGGCACCUAUUAAACAAUCAAUGAAAAUGCUGAAAAAUCCCAUUAAUCACCUGAAUCAUUAAACUGGCUCAGUUUUCAGCUGCUGAAAGGAUCAACUUUUUUUUAUAUUAUUGUAUUUCAUUAAUCUUCUUUGUUUGUAUAUGUGAAAUAAAACAAUGUUUAGUUA